CUUCAAAAAAACAGAGAAACCGUUAAAACGGAAAAUCUAAUGGGAAAUGGAAGGAGAUUUUGGUUUUGGCGGAACAAUCAAUUUCUGGCUUGGGCAUUGAAAGAGUUUGGAUCUUCUUCUUGCUGUUCAUGCAAAUUACAAGUCCUCAAGCUUAAGAAUGGAGCUAGUAGGAUGCAAUCCUCCAGGGCGCCGGCGCCGGAGAGGUCCUCCGUGCUGAAUUUCCUCCGCUCAUAUUCCACCACCACUGAAACACAACCUCAAUUAUCUAUUGAUCUUGUCAAGAUUAUGGAGCAAAGAUUGUCAGCUAUUGAGCAGAGGAGUUGUUAUCUUAUGGGCCUCAUAAAUAAGCCAGAAGCCUCACCAGCAGAAUAUUCAACGGCAAAUAAGGAGCUCCGCAAGCUCAGACAUUCACUAGAUCUUAUUAAUCAAUUGAGGGCCAAACAAAAGGAGAUUAAGGAUUUGAAGUUGGUGAUAACUGAGUGUCAAGACGAUAGAGACAUGAAAGAGAUGGCUUCCGAAGAACUGAGCCAAGCCAUGGAAGAAGAGAAGAGACUACAAUGUCUCCUCCUUAAACAUCUACUUCCCAAGGAUGAUGCAGAUGAACGUGACUGCAUAUUGGAAGUAAGAGCAGGGACUGGAGGAGAGGAGGCUUCUCUGUUUGCAGUUGACAUUUUUAAAAUGUAUGAUAAAUAUGCCCAGCAGAAUGGUUGGAGGUUUGAUGUGCUAGAUGUGGCAGAGUCUGAUCUUAAAGGAUACAAGGAGGCCAGUGCAGCAAUAUCUGGAGUUGGUGUUUAUGGGAAAUUAAAAUUUGAAAGUGGAAUUCAUAGAGUGCAGCGAGUUCCUGUGACAGAAAAAUCUGGUCGUGUGCAUACAAGUGCUGUAUCUGUUGCAAUACUUCCUCAGGCAGAUCAGGUAGAUGUGCAGCUGAGGAAUGAAGACUUGAGAAUCGAUACAUACAGAUCUGGUGGUUCAGGGGGUCAGCAUGCUAAUACAACUAACAGUGCUGUUAGGAUUACUCACAUUCCAUCUGGGUUGACAGUUGCCAUACAAGAUGAACGGUCUCAACACAUGAACAAGAGUAAAGCACUUAAAGUGCUGUGUGCAAAGUUAUAUGAAAUGGAAAGAUCAAGAGCUCACUCACUCCGAUCAAAGCUUCGAUUGGAGCAGAUUGGUAGUGGAGACCGCUCAGAACGUAUUCGGACAUACAACUUUCCUCAAGGGCGGGUUACUGAUCACCGCGUUGGCAUCACUAGUCAUUCUAUGGAUGAGAUAAUGCAGGGCCAGGGCUUGGAUACUUUCAUUGAUGCUCUACUUUUGCAGCAGGAAAUGGAAGCUAUUGCAUCUUUUAGCUCUGUUCACUCUUGAUGGUUUAUUUCAUCUUUCUAGAAGAAGUAAUCUGCUUCAAUAUUCGCUCCACAGUAUAUUUAGCCAGGUUUUAUUGCAAGGAAUAAAAUGGUUCAUAUCUUGUUUGUGUUUAGGGUUUAUAUCACCCAUUGUCAGGAAAGUGAAGAAGCACUGCAAUCAUUUAUACUGUUAAGAAGCUAAUUUAGCUCAUGGGCUAAAGCUAAACUUAGAGCCUGCUAUUGGAGAGGGAUGAUAUGCUGAAUGCUUUCUUUUUCAAAAUUAAGUCUCAUGGACCACGUAGAUACAUCAGUAUAGUUGAGUGCUGGAGAUUCCCUGAAACCCCUGUCUGUUAGUGUAUUGGGGUUAAUUCAGAAUGGUAGCAUGAACUGAAUACAUACAUUAUAAACAAAGUUCUUGAUUUAUGAUUUGGUUUUACUACA